AUGACUGCGAUCGGUAACGCCACGAUGGAUUCUCGCGAUGGAGGAGAACAUGCGAUUGGUAGAGUGAUUUUAUUUUUAUCAUUUGCUGUCUUGGUUGGAUGUAUAUGCAAAUUAAUACUUUCGCAAAUAUUGAAAAAUAAAUUUCCUGCUCCAUUCACAGUGAUCGUACUAAUUUUUGGCUUCAGUAUCGGUAUGAUUAUUGCCCAUAUUCAUGGUAUGAGCAAUGAUUUUUUACUUGGUGAAAAAGAAUUAAGAGAAAUCAAUCCUCAUCUUAUUUAUUACAUUUUUUUGCCGUUGCUGAUAUUCGAUGCGGCUUUUAACAGUCGUUUUCAUGUUAUUCAACCACAAAUCAUAUCUGCUAUACUUCUAGCUGGUCCUGGUGUUCUCAUUUCGAUUGCCAUUGUUGCAGUGUUUGCCACCUAUAUAUUUCCUUAUCAUUGGCCUUGGCUAGUUAGCAUAAUGUUUGGAAGUAUUCUGAGCGCAACAGAUCCCGUUGCUGUAGUGGUAUUACUACACGAAUCAGGAGCGAGUAAAUCAUUGGCAGCAUUGAUCGAUCUUGAAUCAUUAUUGAAUGAUGGUUCUGCCUUUGUCAUCUAUAUGAUUUUUCGAGAUAUUGUCGUCGGUGAAAGUGAUAGUGCCAAGAAAAUUAUUAUUGAUAUCGUCAAGUUCACUAUCGGUUAG